AUGAUCUGGGAAUUGCAUGUGGUAUGAGCACUGUCAGUAAAAGGCAAAAAUCGCGUCGCCGGUUAGCAGCCUAUAGCUUUUUAUCAAAUAUUUCAUUGGAUGGCACUCAUAGAGACACUAAAAUAGGAAUAUAUAAUUUAAGUUUACAAACUGAUUUCGUGAAAUGUAACGUUGCAGUGAAAACAGUGAAUUCUGUCAGUUCAUCUACUAAGAAGAAUGUUUUACAGCCUGAGUCUCACAAUGAACGCAUUAGUAGACUUGCUGUUAGCGAAGAAAAGCUUCAAACAUACAGCGGUCAGCACACCGGAAGCAGCCCAAGGGAAAGAGUUCACAGUUUUGUUGCUGAAACGAAAUCCAAAUUCCUGAGUUCUAAAAAGAAACCUACAUUAACUGUACAUGAGCGUUCACAAGUUCAGUAUAACAGUGUCGAAAGCUUAGGUUUAUGUAGCAGACAUACUUCUUCAAGUUUAUCAGAUACCUCAUGUCCUGGUGGCUUAGAAGUUAGAUUCUGUAAAUCUCUUCGGGAUGUACAAGAUGAAAGGAUUGUCCUUUUAUCUUCACAUAAAGUUCCUUUCAUUGUUUUCUCAUGUUUGCGAUAUGCAAAGCAUCACAGUUCAAGGUCUGACUUUAAGCAAGAUAAUAAUCGAAGGCGUCAAGCAUCAGGCAAUUGCCCAUUGUCUGCCAUAAACGAUGAAUCUGAUCCAUUAAAUUUAUUAGCAGCAUUGGGAUACCGUGUACAUGAAGGACAAGAAAUUUCAUACAGUGGCCUUCUGUCAUCAAAUAACGCACAAACAAAAUGCAGAAUACAGGACACAGAUCACCUGACAAUUCCAUGUCCUCAUAUGAUUCGCUGUCAUUCCUUUGAUCCGACAACUUCUAAUGUUCAUUAUACAAAGCAACCAACAACUCCACCAUAUAAUUAUGAUAGAGCAUUUGAUUGGUCAGAUUCUAAAUUUUGUCAUCAUACAUGUCUUUUAACUUAUACACCAAAUUUAUUAGAUGAUCCAGAGCUUGUUACAGGAAAACAUAGUACUGUUCUUACCUUUUCAUCAUAUAUAUCAUCCAUCAUUGAUUAUGUAAAGCCAUCAGAUCUCAAGAAAGAAUUGAAUGAAAAGUUUAAAGAACGAUUUCCACAAAUACAUUUAACACUGAGUAAAUUAAGAAGCUUAAAAAGAGAAAUGUUGAAAAUAACGUAUUAUGAGUGUGGAAUUGAUCUUUUGACUGUGGCUCAAGCAUAUGUAUUUUUUGAAAAGCUCAUCCUGAAGAUGCUGAUUAAUAAACAUAACAGAAAACCAUGUGCAGCUGCUUGUCUGUUGUUGUCUGCAAAGCUAAAUGAUGUUAAGGGAAAUGACCUGAAAAAUUUGAUUGAGAAAAUGGAAAGUGGUUUCAGAUUGAAUCACAGAGAUUUAAUAUCAUGUGAAUUUGGAGUAUUGGUUGCCUUAGAGUUCUCUUUACACCUUCCAACAUGGGAAAUAUUUCCUCAUUAUCAACGAUUAUUGUAUGAAUCUUAAAUCAGAUUUCAACUGUAAGAUAUUGGAGAAUUUCAUCGGUGUUUUUUAAUUUCUGUGAUGUAGUCAUUUGCAGUAUUGAGUCUGCAUUGAAAAUUUUGUUGAGCAUUUUGUAAGAUAAUGAUUAAAUUUUUACUUAUUUAUAUACAUCCAUGUUUGUUGUGUGUAAAUGUUCUAUAUGCAUUUCUUAACUGUAAAUCACCUAACAAAAUUUGCCUUUCCUGUGAAGUUUUAAGAACAGAUUUUGCCUUUAUUUAAUAUAUUUUAAUUGUAUGUGAUGUAUUUAAUAAUAUAUUGAGCCAGUUAUUGUAGGUAUACCUGCAUUCUGGAUGAUAUAAAUAAUGACUGCCUUAAUUUGAUUUUUUACUGUGUUUGUUUGCAUUAUUAUUUGUGCCAUAUUAAGUUUUGCAGCUGUUUCUCUGACAGUAUAUGGUAUUUUGAAAUCUGCUUAAAUUAAGUAGAGCAUUUUAGUAUAUGAAAUAGUAUGUUAAUAAUCUAUAUUAAUAAUAUAUAUACAUAAUGAUGUAGUGGUAAAUUUUUCUGAAGCUUGAAAUAUAGUAAGAUAUUUUUAAUGUCUUAUCUUGAAGCACAUUUUAAAUUUUCAGUAUAGCAAUGGUAUAUAAUUAGCUAAUUCAGAUUUUAAACUAAUUGUAUUUAUUGAAUUUUAACCAAGUGCAGAAGAAAUUUUAGAAUUAUUGAUGAUACCCAUACUUUUACAGAGUAGUUAGAAUAAUAAAUUAUAUCUUAAAAUGUAUAAUAAACAUUUCACUCAUGUUAAUCUAUGUAUCAUAUGACUAUAUAGUAUAUUUUCAUUAGGAAAUGUCUUGAACCCUUACAUAUAAAGAAAAAAUUAUUUAUAUGAAUCCGUAACUAUUAUAGUAAAUGCUAUUUUUAUAAAGGAUUAAGAUACUCUGCUUAAACAGUAUGAAAUAUUUCUUUUUAUGAUUUAAUUACUUAAUUUAAAUGCUUAUAAAUAUUAAAGAAUAAAAUUAGGUUGGGAAUACGUCAUUUCUUAGUUAUAACGUGUUAAGGAACUAGAGAUCUAAGACUUAUUAUAACUCUACUAUAAAAGAUUCCAGUUAUUCUCUAAUGGUCUUCAGACAUUUCUAGUUUUAUACUCUAUGACACAGUAAAUGUGUAUUGUGCAGAUGAUAUUUAAGGACUUGUGAAUGCUGAUGUGUUACUUGCUGUUAAUUCGUUUACAUAAGGGUUUCCCUUCUUUUCAAUUUGUGACUUGUUUUGAAGAGGUAAAACUUUUGACUAUUACUUUUAUUUGAGUAAGUAGUAAAUGUAUCAGAAUCUAGCAUGGAUCUAUAAUAAAAGGCUUAUUAAAAAUGAAGAAGGGCAUUUUAAAAACAAAUUUCCCAUGUAACAGAAGCUUAAUUAUUAGAAAAAUAGUUAAUACUUUUCUCUAUAUAACCAAACUUAGAAGAAGUAUAGAUAGAAGAAGUAUUAGAUAUUAUUUACAUAGAUAACUGCAUUAUUAUAUAUAAAACUUCAAAAUAGUUCAAUUCAUAAUAAUUUUUUGAUUAUUAAGUUCUUAGUGGUUCACAGCCCUUGUUUUGAGAAUCGUUGCUGUAUAUGUGCAUACUAUUUAGAGAGUAGUAAGUUACUGGAAUGUGACAAAUGAAACAAAAUUUUAUACUUUGUUAUUUAUAAACACAGGUUUCCAAAAGGUAUAUUUUUUAUAAAAUAGGACAUAAAUUAUUCACAAUAAAAAUACUCAACAUUAUUGUUUAUUUAAAAAAAUCAAUAUUACUUUCCAUGAUAGACAUCUAUCAAGUAAGAUGGAAAAGCUACUGCAAAGUGAAAAAUAGUUAUCAACUUUUCUUGUCCAGUUCCCUUUUUCAUCAUGCCUUACAGUAUUUCCCUCCUCCUAAUAUUUUUUAAUUCAAGUGGUGCAUUCUAAAUAACGUGGAAAACUGAACUAUUUAAUUUAGUAUAAUGAUAUAUAUCAGUUUAAGCUUAUUAUAUUUAAUAAAAUGUACAUUAUUUAUAUAUGUAUUAAUGUAUAAUUGAUAUUAUAUUAAUAUAUAUAAAUUAGAAAUGUUUGUAUUAGUUUACCAGUCUACCGAAUGAACAAAGCUUCAAAAUGCUUCAUUAAAUGGUUAAAACCUUUUCUGAUGAACAAUCCCUAAUUUAAGAUACAAUACACUGAUAUUUCUGAUAAAUCACUGCAAGAGACAUAACACUGAAAAAAAUUAAUCAUAAAAAGCACUGUAUAGCUAAUUAAGAUUAGUAUGGUUGAAUGCGGAAAGUUACUAUUGCAGAAACAACCAAAAAAAAAUUUUUUUCAGAAUAUUGUUUUAAAUUCCCUUACAAAGUCAUCUCUCCUCUUAGAAAAAUAGCUGUUGUGUGCUUUGCUAUAAUUUAAUAUUUUGUUUUAUUUAAAAGCAUAGAGAAUAACUAGCACUGGGGUGUAAUAAUUGCUUGUGGGCAUUCUAGAUGGCAUAUUUAAAAUGCAUUUUUCGACAGUCACAGCAGAGGUUUUGACUAAAUUGUUUAAUACACUGUGUUAAGGUGCGAUUUUGAGCAAAUUUUUUUCUUCAUACUGUUUCUAUACUCAUUGGAUAUUCACUAAAACAUAGUAAAUUUUAAAGCCGAAUAACUCAAUAAUAUCAAUAGAUGACAUUAAAUGUUUUUUUAGAUAUUUCAUUGAUUAAAAGGUAACAUGUAGCAAUAUAUAGUUUAUUCUUUUUAUUAAUGUCCAAACCUUUUGUGGGCGAGGGAAUGUUUAUAGUUAAAACAUUAUUUUUGCAGUUAGCUCAAUUAGAAAUAUUAGAAAUAUUAGUAUAGUUAAUUGUAAAAACAAGUGCAAAUAUUUCAACCAUCCAGUGCCAUCUUAAAUAGCAUAAUUCAAAAUUUCAAAGCAACAGACUUCAUUCUUGAUCAUUUAAAAAAUUGUCUUCAUCCUUUAGUUACAAAGACAUCAGACCUGCAGUUUUUUUCUCAUAAAGUUUUACUAAAUGCAUGAUCUACUUAAGAUCUCCUCCAACAAUUCUAGACAAAGCCAGUCAAAUUUAGCUAUCAAUUUUGUUAUUCUGAGAUUAACCUCAAGGUUCUUAAAUAAUGAUUUUAAAUUUAAUACAGAAUUUGAUAGUGUAUGUAUAUGGUAUAAAAUUUAAUGGUUGGUUUUUCUCAAAAUAUCAAAUGAAAUAAUUCUGAAUUUUUGUUAAGGGUUUUAGUGAUUGAAUAAUCGCAUAUAUUUUAACCUUUUUGUUUUGCUAAUUUAAUCUGUAGCUUUCAUUUCAUUGCUGAAUGAGCUGGUUUUUAUUUCUCUAAAUUGUGAAAUUUCUUGUGAAUUAAAAAAAAAAAAAAAAUGGUAAAAGAAAGGGAGGAUAAGUUCUGAGUUUGGUUCCUAUUAAUAGCCAAGUGGAUAAGAAAAUGACUGAAUGCUUCUAGCAGAAUAAGCUACAUAGGCAAUUUUAUGAUUUUCCUCGUUGUUACUGUGAAAACAUACCUUAUUUCUCUUAUAAAGUUCUCCAUGAAAGCAUCUUUUUAAUUUGGCAGAUAGUCUUUGCACACUGCUGUAACUGAUUAAAAAAAAAAAAAAAGUGUAUUGAGUUUUUAAUGUUUCUCCUCAAGACUUCAUAAAACUGAGUAUUACACUUUAUUCUUAAUUAGUGGAUACAUUAAAUGCACAUAUGUGAAAAAAAAAUUUGAGAGCUAGAAAAUUAAUAGUAUUUGAAAUGAUUAUAUACAUUUUUUUUAUUUUCAUUAUUACUGUUGUUAUUAUUUUAUGCAGUUUACAUGAGUUUCUGUUUGGUUUCACACUAUUUCCUUGUUGCAAAACUAAUAUAUAUUUCCUAUAGUUUAUAAGAAAAAAUUUAAUUAGUUUGUUUUGCCCUAAAGAAUAUUUAAAACGAUGCACAUCUAAAUCAUCCUUGAAUAGUUGGUCUUGGAACAGUAGUUCCAUUUUAAAAAAAGAAUCAAAUGAAAUGCUUUUAAGUUAGGAUAAUUUUGGUCAUAUACCGCUUUUUAUAAAAAUGUGCAAAAUUAAGUGUUUAAACAUGUCCUUUACAAGGAAAGUUUCAAUUAUUAAAUUGUUGCCCUGUUAAAGCUGUUUUUUAAAAAAAAAAAAUCUUAUUUCGUAAUCUGCAAAAUCAGCCCAGAAAAAAGUUUCCAGAAUUAUGAUUUAAACUAUAUUUACUUAAUAAAAUAAAAGCACAAAGAUUUCAUUUUGAAAGCCAUUUAAAAAUUCAGUAUAUUAUUCUCCAAAAUUUUAAUUGAUGGCCUAUCAGAUAAUUUAUAAUUAUAGUCUCUCGAAUUUAGUUUUUUUUAAUAAAUAUAUAUAAGUUCGAUUAUGAAAAAUAAUUUUCUUGCUAAUCAUUUUUUCAAUGAGACUGUCAAAAAAAUUCUUUCAGUUUGCUUUAGUUAUAAUUGAAAUUGUUGUUGUCAGAAAACUUGCCUUAUUUUCGCCAUUUUAUAAAUUUGAUGGUAUUUUUGCAACUAGCUACUACAGAGAAUUAAUUUGAUGAAGCUAUUUGAAGCUCCUAUUAUAUUUCAAUCGAAAUAAUAUAUAAAACUGAAAAUGUGUUAUUAUAAAUAUGUAAAUUUAACAUUUAUUGUUUCAUAAGAAUAAAUUGAAUUUAAAUAAAUUGAAUUUAAAUACAAAUUUAAUGAAUUCUUUGUGCC